GCAUUUCUUGUCGACGUGGGAAGGGAGGGAUUCGGACACAAACAAAUGUCCACGGGUUUGAUGUCAGGAUACGUUACCGAUAACCGUGACAUGUCAGGCGGAUUUGAUAGAAAACUCCAUGACAUUUGAAACAUGUGGCUCAAACCGGAAGAGAUCCUGCUGAAAAACGCGUUUAAAUUAUGGGUCACUGAGAAGGAUAAUGAAUAUUUCGUACUGCAAAGGAGACGGGGGUACGGAGAAGGUGGUGGCGGUCUGACAGGCCUCCUUGUUGGGACUCUGGAUACCGUGUUGGACUCCACAUCCAAAGUUGCUCCCUACCGAAUUCUUCACCACACACCAGACUCACAAGUGUACUGGUCAAUAGCAUGUGGUGUCACCAAAGAUGAGAUCGUUCAGCACUGGGAUUGGCUGCAGCAGAACAUCAUGACAACGCUCUGUGUCUUUGACUCCAGUGAAGACAUUACCAGCUUUGUACAGGGAAAGAUUAGAGGUCUUAUUGCAGAGGAAGGGAAGACGUCCCUGGUGCUGGAGGAUGAUCCAGAGAAGUUCAGAGAAGCACUUUUGAGGUUUGAGAAGUGGUUUGAGCUGCCACCGAAGGAAAAGCUGGUCACGUAUUACUCAUGCAGCUACUGGAAAGGCAAAGUGCCCUGCCAGGGCUGGCUCUACCUCAGCACUAAUUUCCUGUGCUUCUAUUCAUACCUGCUGGGAGCUGAGGUGAAACUGGUCAUCUCCUGGGACGAGAUCUGGAGGCUGGAGAAAACCUCUAACGUCAUUCUGACCGAGAGCAUCCACGUCCUGGCUCACGGAGAGGAUCACUACUUCUCCAUGCUGCUGCACCUCAGUGAAACCUUCGUCAUCAUGGAACAGCUGGCCGACUACUCUAUCAAGCGCCUUUUUGACAAGGAGGCCUUCCAGAGAGAGCCAGCGCUCUCCGAUCCCCUGCAAAUUACCAAGAGAGGCCUAGAAGCUCAUGCAAAGAGUGCCCAGUUCCGGACGUUUUUCAGGCUUCCCAGAGAGGAAAACCUGUUAGAGGUGCAUGAGAGCUUCCUGUGGGUGCCCUUCAGCCAUUUUAACACACUUGGCAAGAUCUGCCUGUCUGAGAACUACCUAUGUUUCGCCAGUCAGGACGGCAGCCAGUGCCAUGUCAUCAUUCCAAUGCGAGAGGUGGUCAGUGUUGAGAAGCCAGACUCCAGCAGCAGGGCUUUGACGGUGUGUGUGCGUGGCAAGAGGGCUCUGCGUUUCUCUGAGGUGCGGGACUACCAGCGGCUUGCCAACACAAUUCGCAGCAGGUGUGGCAUUAGUGCCAGCCCUCAGCACUCCACUUCAGCAGAGGCCAUACGAGGCGAAUGCCAGUCACUCAUCAACCACUUCGAGGACAAUCCAGAGGAUGUAACUCUGAUGGUGGGACAGAAAGACAACAGCAAGGCUGUAAGCACCGAGGCUCUCAUGACUGUUUUCCACCCCCAGGAUGUUGAAAACCUUGACCCCAAAAUGCUUAAAGAAAAGAUGAAGGAGCAGUCUUGGAACAUCCACUUCUCUGAAUAUGGACGAGGCACGAGCAUGUUCUUCACCCGGAAGACACGAGAUCUGAUUGUUCGUGGUGUUCCUGAGGCCUUGAGGGGAGAGCUGUGGAUGCUUUUUUCAGGAGCUGUGAACGACAUGGCCACUCACCCCGGCUAUUACACUGAGCUGGUUGAACAGUCUCUGGGCACGAGCACUCUGGCCACAGAUGAGAUAGAAAGAGACUUGCACCGCUCUUUGCCAGAGCACCCCGCCUUUCAGAGCGACACGGGAAUCUCAGCUCUGCGCAGAGUCCUCACUGCCUAUGCCUACAGGAACCCUAAAAUCGGAUACUGCCAGGCCAUGAACAUUCUCACCUCAGUUCUCCUGCUCUACGCCAAAGAAGAGGAGGCUUUCUGGCUCUUAGUAGCCGUCUGUGAGAGGAUGUUGCCCGAUUACUUUAACCGUCGAAUUAUUGGUGCUUUGGUCGACCAGGCGGUGUUCGAGGAUCUGAUUCGAGAAAACCUCCCCCAGUUGGUAGAGCACAUGACAGACUUAAGCUUCUUCUCGUCCGUGUCCUUGUCCUGGUUUCUCACUCUCUUCAUCAGCGUACUGCCCAUAGAGAGCGCCGUGAACGUGGUCGACUGCUUUUUCUAUGACGGCAUCAAGGCAAUUCUGCAGCUUGGCCUGGCUGUGCUGGACUACAACAUGGAGGCUCUGAUCAGCUGCCACGAUGACGCGGAAGCCGUCACCAUCCUCAACAAAUUCUUCGACAGUGUGACAAACAAAGACAGCCCAUUGCCUCCAACAGUGCAGCAGGCUUCAGUAGGCAAUAAUGAUAAAGCAUCCCACUUGAAUGUAGAUAUCAGUGAACUGAUCCGAGAGGCCUACGAGAAAUAUGGAAACCUCCGUGCAGAGGAAGUCGAGAGCUCACGGAAAAGAAACAAACUGUAUGUUAUCCAGACGCUGGAGGAUACAACAAAGCAAAAUGUUAUUCGGGUGGUGUCCCAAGAAGUCCGACUGAGUGCCUCACACCUCGAUGAGCUGUAUAAUUUGUUCAAAAGGCAGCAUUUCCUCAGCUGUUACUGGACAAUGCAGAGUCCAGCUCUUCUCCAUCAUGACCCCAGCCUGGCCUACUUAGAGCAGUAUCAGUUGGGUUUCCAACAGUUCACUGUGCUCUUCUCUCUACUGGAGCCCUGGGCUUUCUGCACCACCAAGAGCACCCUCUCCCUCUGGGUCUUCCGGCUGAUAGACGAGAACCAGGAUGGCCUCGUCAACUUUAAAGAGUUCUGCUGUGCCCUUGAUACUUUGUACAGUGGAUCUUUCACAAAUAAGCUGAAAUUCCUCUUCAAGCUGCACUUGCCACCAGCUUUUACAGGGAGUCCUUUGCACUUAAAGGAACAAAGAAUCCAGCACUUUGUUCCAGUGACUGAAGACUCUUCUCACUUGAGUAGACUCACUGCAUUUGAUCUUCCAGAAGAUGGCGUGAUAAGGAAAAGCCCUGAAAGAGGUAGAGGAAAGGUGGAUCUGCAGGCCUACCUGAAACAAUGGCAAAAUGAAAUACUUAAGAAGGAGGAAACUAUCAAAGACCUUCCCCGGAUUAAUCAGACUCAGUUCAUCCAGUUCUCUAAGACCCUGUACAACAUUUUUCACGGCGAUCCAGAGGAGGAGGCUCUGUACCGGGCCGUAGCUCACGUGACCAGCCUUCUCCUGAGGAUGGAGGAGGUGGGACGGAGGCUGCAGGAGCCGAGCAGCCCGCCCGAGUCCGCGAAGCCUACCGGCGCCUCCGCUGCGGAGGAGUCUUCGACCGAAGAAGCUUCCAGCAGCACCCCAGAGAGCUCUGACACCCCCAGCUCCCACAACAGUCAGGAUGCGGGGCCCGACCUCGCAGAGGUGGAGUGGUCCUUUUCGUUCGAGCAGGUCCUGGCUUCUCUGCUCAAUGAGCCGGCCAUUGUCAGUUUUUUUGAGAGGCCCGUCGACAUUCAGGCCAAACUGGGACAAGCUAAGGUCGCCCAGCUGAAGCUUAAGUCAAAUAAGUGACAGGAUAUAUAAGUGAAUUGAUACUUUGCUUCUGAUUCAAACCUAGAAGUCACCAUGAAUUUCCUUUCUCCACUUGAAUAGGGCAGUGGGUUUUGGUGAGGCAGACAGUAAGAGGGCUGGUGCAGAGGUGUCAUAAAUGAAGAGGAGACUGGGGUGCAAUGUGUGUGAGUGUGUGUCGCUUGGAUGAGGUGCAACAUCUUUAAGACAUUUCAAACACUGCUGUAGGAGUCCACUGACCAACAUUAGCCUCGUUGCAGACAUAUGAUAGGCUGUAGCUCCUUUUAUCUAAUUAUGCAUUUUCAGCCUCAUUGAUGAAAUUCACUCUCUCGUGUAGCCUCAGAUUUUAUCUGUCAUCUAGAAAUUUUUCCCUACAUGCCAUGGAGCACAAACACUACUUUUAUAUUGUGUAAGAGACAUUCAUUCCUGUCCUCUGUAUUUAGAAACAUGACAGAAGAGUCUGUCCUCCUCGCUGCCUGUGAUGCUAUGCUGAAGUACACCUCCAUAAUGAAUGACUUGGACAAGGUGACUGAGAGUCCACAGGAGGAUUUUUCCUGCUGGAUGUCCUGAUAGAUUUUAUUUUUCAGGUGACUAGUCACUGCUGUGAAGCAAAACAUCCUGUAAAUGCUAAUGUGUCCCGUGACUUCAGUGUCUCCUGGUGAGUGUGUCCUGUAAAUGUCUGCUUAUUGUGACAAACACCAGCUUUCCAGUUGAUACAGGCGCAUAAUAAACAGCAGCGUAGCGAGCAAGGACAAGCUGUUAAGUGUUGUCCUCGGGAGCCAUAAAGUGAUUUCAGAGAUCUAGAGAGAUCUGAGCGAAGAUGUCAUAUACAUUUUAUUGAGAGCAUAAAAGAUUCAAUUAUGGUAUUACACAUUUGCAAUAACAUGAAUGAAUGCCGUACAGCUGCAGCACUUUGAUCUGUCUCCUUCUUCCAACAGCAGCACAGGCAGUAACAAUAUUAUAGCACGAGUUCAAGUAUAUCAUACUUGAAACUAUGAUAUUUAAAGGUAAACUAGUUUGAAUUCCUCCGUGCUGCUGCAGGGAGACCACCUUUGUCCUCUUGAAACUGUCUAGGAAAUAUGUCAUGUCUGAUCUUCACAGUGUGUGUGAUUGAUGUUUGCCUCUGUGGGUCUCACUGUAAAUGUAGGAUGUCAUGCUCUAGUAUAGGUGCAGCAUUUUGUACAUAAAGGUCAGCUCAAUAGUCGUUGGAUUAUUGUAUUUAUGAGGCUUGUAUUGAAUAUGUAAUAUAUGAGGUAGUGGACUGUUGUGGUCACAACUUAAACCUUUUGAAGGACAUUUUGUUUUAUCAAAUCUCAGGGUGCAAUUUGUGUAAAAUAAAAGGGAAAAAAGGGAUAUUUUUUCGACCUGGGACACACAGUAUAAAGUAUAUAACUGAGUUAUACAUAGCCCACAUCUAGUCUGUAACAUGAAUAUAGAGCAUGUGUAGCAUAGUUAACAGGAUUCGCCACAUUAUGCUAGCCUUCAACAAACAGCCACUAUUACUGCUCGCUACAGAAAGCCAGAUUUGACUUGCAAUAUCUCAGUUGUUGUUUUCCUCUCAUCUGUGCAUUUUCUGCUUCUUUUCUUUGUUUUCUUGCUUCUGCCUCAGCGAAUAAUUUGCACAGUCGUUUGAGAUUCACGAGCUGUAGAUAUAUGCCUGUAUCUCAGCCAGAUCUCAGAGGUGUUAGAUUCUAAAAGGUCAUGACCGCUUCAGCUGCAGCGUGUUAUCUCCAGGGGCCAAAUUUGCAAAUUUAUAAAUCUUUAUCUCUGCUUGUGUGUGUGUGUGUGUGGGGGGGGGCGGGUUAGAAGCUUCUUAAGUGCAAGUGCAAUUCUCUGUUUACUGUAUUUUUAUUAUUUUGCCAUUUGCUAGGCACAUUUUGUUGUUAUUUUCUUAAUUAAGUACUUAUUUUCACUUAAGACUUUAGGACCAGUCUGAAGUAUAUUUCAUUGUGUAAUUAUAGGGUUAACUAACAUAGAGUAGAUUGUUGAAGUGAGAUGUAUGCUCUCAUUUCAGUUCUCAUUGGAACUGAGACCUUAAAAAAAUCACUUUUACUGUUUACAUGAUUAAUGUAAGAAAAAAAGAAUCCAAAUACACCCCUUCUAUCUUUGAUAUGUUGUCACUCCUUAAAUCCAAAGCUCAAUCAGUGACUUCAUUUCAGUACCUAAAGCCAUAAUGAAACAGUGCUGAGGCAGCAGAGUUUCAAGGAGAGCUGAUCACAUUGCAGCCUUUUCCAAACAGCAACUUUAUUUCAACGUUCAUCUCUGACCAUGGUCUGAAUAUUUCAGUACUACUGUUCGCCUGCAGUUUCGUGGUGCAUUUGUACCAUGUCCAAAUUUCAAGAAAUCCUUUUCAAAUCCUCCUAUCAAAGAGUGUGUUGUGAUAUUUCUGCUAGAAUUAAUUGCAUGCUUAGUCUGUUUCCAAAAAAAGAGAGACAAGUUUGCUUUCAAGAAUAUGUUGGUUUUUGUGGGAAAAAAUACGUAACAGUGGUUAAGAGAAACCUUUUGAUGCUCAAUAUUUCCUUACUGUAUUUCCUCAAGCAGAGAUCAAACAGCACUCAAGAUGAUUUUUUUUUUUUUCAGCCCAAAGUAGUUUGUGGAUUCCUCUUGGUGUGGAAAUAAAUUUAAGGAGAUAACUGUGUAGGAACAGAAUAAGGGAAAUCAGAGAGUUGGAAACCCUCAGCCCCCUGGCACACUGUCAGAUCUGCCAUUAAGCCUCAGAGUGUAAACAGUAGGCGUGGAUAAUGCUCUGGCUGCUGCAUUAGUGUAUGGUUAAUCAAGUCCUUAUAUCCUUUCAUGUGCAAGUGUAGUCUACAGCUUUUUAUAGGCUGUAGCUUUUGAUUGAAAGCUUGUUUUGCAAAAUAUGUGGAGCACAGAUAUUUCUAUUUACCUGCUUGAUUAUGAUUAUUUUUUUUAUUUCCAUAAAGAUGUAUCAGAAUAAAGAGUGAUGAUUCUAUGAGUAA